AUGCGUUUCAGCUGUACCGUAAUUUAUCCAAAGUCAGCACACUUAAAGCUCGUAGCCAUUUUGUGCUCAACAGUGGGAUGUUUUCCAUGGCAAUUCAUGUUAACGGAUAACACAAUUUUUCAGACGGCAUAUAAAUAUUACUCUAGAAUUACUCUUUUCUUAUACUUCACAUUGAUUUGUUCGGUAUACGUCGAAUUAUUCUCUCUGGUGUCCAUAAGACCGCUAAGAUUUGACGAAAUUGUCCGAAAUGUGUGCCUUACCUUGCUCUGCACUAAUACCAUAACGAGACAAUUGAUCAUGAGGCUCAAACCUCAGAUAAGAAAUAUUAUAUUAAAUAUAAUAAAUGCAGAAAAGUAUAUUAAGGAUACGUACGAUGAUACGGUCAUUGCUAUUUACACAAAAUGUGCUUCUAAUACCACGAGGAAAACUGUAGCUUAUUCUCUCUUUGUGAGCAUUACAAGUCUUAUGCAUUUUAUACGACCAUUUUGCGUGUAUGACACCGUCGUUCGAAGAAACGUUACUUUAACAUACAGAUCUUUUCCUUUAUCAGCAUGGGUACCUUUUGAUCCUUAUGAUUAUUAUUGGGAAACGUUCUUUUUGACUUCAACCUGGGUAUUAAUCGGAACAUUUUUCCUUUGUGCCAAUGACAUACUGAACUUCGCCCUAAUAAUGUAUCCUUCAGGUCAACUAGAAAUGCUGCAUAAUAUUCUUAGAGACUUUAAACACUAUAAAGAAAAUAUCAUGAAGCAUAACCCAAGUAUUGGAGAUAAAAAGGCAUCAUUCUUUUUAUUAAAGAAGUGUAUUGAAAUGCAUAAGGAGAUUAUAAAGUACGUCGAUGAUUUUAAUGAUAGUAUGAGCAUUUUUAUGGUUUUUGAUUUCUUACAAACUUCCUUACAGCUAGCCUCGGCAACUAGUCAACUCGUAGUGAUGGAGUUUACACCACAUACAAUUGGAUUUGUAGGAGGAUUUUUUGUAAUGUUAAUGUACAGGCUUUGUAUUAUCUACUAUUAUGCUAAUGAAAUACUUUUGUUGUCGGAAGACUUGGCAUAUUCUGCUUUUAAAAGUAACUGGUAUGACCUAUCGCCCCACACUAAAUAUAUGUUCCAAAUAUUCAUGUUAAGAUGUAAAAAACCGUUAGUGUUAAAGAUUGGCCCCUUUGGAUUUAUGACAUUGUCUACUCUUCUUUCUAUUCUCCAAGCAAGCUACACAUAUUUUAUGUUCAUCUACAGCAGCCAAGAAAAAUAAGAUACUUACACUUACAAAAAAAAUGCAUACACCGGCACAAUAUUUAAAAAAUAUUAGUAAAUAGAUAUUUACCAAAAAAAUACUGCUAUCACUAUAAUUAAAUUUGUCUGUAUUAACGACUGUUCAUAAUAGAAAUAG